GCCGAUAUCUGCCAGGGAUUGCACACCAGCACAGCACUGGCACUUUUUCUCUCGUUUCUUAUUUGAUUUACAGAAUUACAGAAUCACGGUGCUCUCGAGACUCAAUUCAGCUAAACAGCGUGUUGUUCGAGACAAGUCCCCACAAUCUCGCAUCUAACUCGCAGCAUCAGUUCCCACACGUACAUGCCUAUCGUACACACGCACGCACACUCGCACACUCGCACACUCACACAUACACGCAUAACCUCAAAUCAAUCCGUCAGCCAGCAUAAUCCAGCAUCAGCAAUCCCACACUGCAUUGCACAGGACGAAGAGAGAAGUCCCCAACCAUAUCACUCGCUAGCUGCUGAGCACAUACAGUCCACACACACACCGUACCUAUUCAUACAUACAUGCACACACAACUUGCAGACCCUUCCUCCUUCCACACUCCUCCUCUCGUCCUGAUUAAUUACAACCCGGUACGAGGGCAAAUCAAUCAAGUCAAAUAAUGCCAAUUAUCUAAUAUCCAUUCGAGACUCAUCCAUUCCUGGCAUCGGAUACCCCUGAAGGAACUACUCAAAGAUCCAAUCUACUGUUCGAUGUCAAAGUGGAUCUUAGCGAAAUUGGUUAUUACCAUCACCCCCGAGCUGUUCAUGCCCCAAAGAUUGUCUUCUGGAAGGAUUUGCGGAACUUAAUAAAACACAAACCAGAGAAAGCGCGAAGCUUGAGGUCUUGCAAGUUUCCACGGUUCAAGGCCUGGUAGUUUCGACAAUUCAAAGUUCAUGCAACCCAUGCCAGUGCUUUCCUUUUUGACUGACUCUCAUGCGCUUGCGAUAUCCACCUACAACAAGCAAGCCAUCGACUCCCCCACGUCGCACAUCAAGAAACUACGAAAAGCCCUUGAUCUAUUACGGCUUCUCCUAUCAUUCAAAUACUAACCCAAAAACGUCACGAGUCGUCCGUCCUUCUAUUUGAUCGUCGAAAGUCUUCUUGCUCUAGCGGGUCAAGACCCGCACUCCCGAUUCUUGGUAACGGCUCCUUUCCUACCCUUGGACCCUUUCUCAGACAUCCCAUUACAUCUCUCUACCUGAUCAACUUCUUGAUCUUUCAAUUCGCUACUUCACUCAUUUCCAAUCUUGCGGAGGACAUCCAAAACAUAUCGUUAUCAUCUCGAUCGUUACCUACUACAAUCGACAGCUACAUUACAUGAAUGCUCCGAUUCAAGUAAGAAAGCUCUCGUAGAGCCAUAUACGCGGCAGCAUUGUAUUCACUGUCGGUCAUCUAACACGAACAUUCAUUAUUCAAACACAUAUAUACAUAUUAUUACAACAACACAUACCUCAACUGGAUCUACAAACAUGACAGUCGCGUACGAUUUAACCCACCGAGGGUCUUCGGCCCCUCAAGCUUCACAAGGACAAGCGUUGGAAGACAGGUUCGAAGUAUUGAAAGAUAUUGGGGAUGGAAGCUUUGGUAGCGUCGUUCUAGCUCGAGUACGCGGGGCAGGAGCCAGCGUAGCUCGACGUGGGACAAUCAUUGCUAUCAAGACGAUGAAGAAGACUUUUGAAUCAUUUCAACCAUGUCUGGAACUACGAGAAGUCGUAUUUCUAAAGACAUUACCACCUCAUCCACACCUGGUCCCAGCAUUAGAUAUAUUCCUCGACCCUUUCACGAAGAAGUUACAUAUUGCCAUGGAGUACAUGGAUGGAAACUUGUAUCAAUUGAUGAAGGCUCGUGACCACAAGUGCCUGGAUGUUUCUAGUGUCAAGAGUAUUCUCUUCCAAAUCAUGCAAGGACUCGAGCAUAUCCACGCUCAUCACUUCUUCCAUCGCGAUAUCAAACCAGAAAACAUCCUCGUUUCCACAUCAGCACAAGAUUCAGGGAAUUCAUUCCGACGAUACUCUGCUAUGGUCACCCCUCCUUCUACACCACCAGCUUACACAGUCAAGAUUGCCGACUUUGGUCUUGCACGAGAGACUCAUUCGAAGUUACCUUACACAACCUAUGUAUCAACAAGAUGGUACAGAGCGCCAGAAGUGUUAUUAAGAGCAGGGGAGUACUCUGCUCCAGUGGAUAUUUGGGCAAUUGGUGCUAUGGCAGUGGAAAUUGCAACUCUGAAACCUUUAUUCCCUGGAGGAAACGAAGUCGAUCAGGUCUGGAGAGUGUGUGAAAUCAUGGGCAGUCCAGGUAACUGGUACAACAAGGCUGGCGAGAGAGUUGGUGGAGGUGAUUGGAGAGAAGGCACGAGAUUGGCCGGCAAACUUGGGUUCUCAUUCCCAAAGAUGGCGCCACAUUCCAUGGACACGAUUCUUCAGACGCCUCAAUGGCCAGCAUCGUUGGCAAAAUUUGUCACGUGGUGUUUGAUGUGGGAUCCUAAAAGUCGCCCAACAUCAACUCAGGCUAUGGCUCACGAAUUUUUUACUGAUGCUGUGGAUCCUUUAAGACCAAAAUCAUCGUCCAGAAUACUGGGUCGCAAACCUUCCGAUCUAAGCUAUCGUAGCUCGAAGGAAUUUUCCGACGCCACACCAGCUUCAACAGCAAAACCUUCUUGGUUUAGAAAAUCACUUAUCGGUAGAAAUGAUAAUUCUAACGCUGCAGCAAUUCCAACAAAGGAGAAAGAGAACGUGGCAUCUAAACCUUCACCGGUGCUUACAGCUACAAUUAGUGAGAUCCCCGUCGCUAAGACACGUCAGCCUGCUGCUAAGCGGUCAACAUGGGCUCACGGAGCUACUAACGCAGCGCCAAUGCCGAUUUUACCGACAAUUAAACCCAUCUCGCCAAUAUCUGAUACUGCAACGGCACAAGCAAACAGCAGAACGUCAUCGUACAAUGAUAUUUAUUCUGGCGAUAAAGGUUCGAAGAAAAUUGGUCGUCAAUUAUCCGUGGCCUCGAGCACGAAUCAUUAUGCGGAAAUUCAUCGACAGCAAGCUGAGAUGGCAUUGAAUGGCAGUUCAGGUCUAGUAUCUCCUCCAAGUGGCCACAAGGAAAGUUUCUUUUCUCAUUUAAGGAAACGUGCGAGACGGUUCUCUGGUCGACAGUCUACAACUCCUAUGUCACCGAAAUCAAUGGACCUUGAAGCACAGGCUGGAUGCGGUCCUUGGUCGAGCAAUAGAUCGUCGAUGGUAUUGGAUAAUAAUCAGCCUGCGAGUCCUGCUCCGCAAAAGGUUGAUUCUUCUGAGGCAUUAGACAAGGCAUUGCGUAACGUACAGCAAAAUUUGGAUUCGCCACAGAGUAUCAAUGGUCCUCCUAUACCACCAAGUCAUCAAAUCAAUCCAAGUAGUGUUUUGAAGAGACAUCACUCUGUGCCUCAUCAACAACCACCGCGCUCGACUGCCGAUAUCCCAAGGUCUGUUGCACCCAUACCUACCAGGAACAGGAGGAGCCAAAUACCAGGAGUUCAACAAUACGAGACUCCUGAUGAGGAAGACGAAUUGCUUGACGAAGCUUUAAUUUCCACGAAGAAAACAAUGAAACGCGGAAAUUCAGUGCAGACCGACCAUCGACAACCGUUGAGACAAUCACACAGUAAUACUGGGUUAAAUCCAUACCCUACGCCAUCUCCAUCCGCCAAUGGUAAUUCGGUACUCUUUGGCCAAGGUCUAAACAAUGCUUCACCAACUCCGAAAAAUCAUGGAUCUAGCAAGCAAUCCUCGACACCACCAUAUGAUCAUGAGGAAAAUGAGUGGGCGGCAUCUGCUGCUGCUAGUAUAUUCGCAGCACAAAAUCGAUUCUAGACGAUCCUCUAUCGUCAAUUUGUAAAAUACUUGGAGGAAAAGUUUCGGGGUAUCUACAUUGCAUGGUGUUUGGGAGAUAUAUGGCGGGGUCAGUUUUUUGUUCAAACGUUCUUUGUGACAUCAGUUUACUAUACACCAGCACAGCUGGGUCUAGCGAGUUCAUCUGCGGCGUUUAAUGUUGAUAUCGAAACCUUCUUUUGAUUUUAUUUUCCAGCUUCAUACCCCUGAGCGCAGUCGCGCCUAUAGAAGCGCUUCUUAAUGUUCAUCAUUUUUCUCGUCUUCUAAAUACCCCUUCAUAGACUGCACUAAAUUCUAUUUUCCGAAGAUCCAAUGGAAACAAUUGCUUCACAGCACUCAAACAAUAUCUCAUUUGUCAUCAAAGUUAUCUAUGGAUGUGGCCUGUAGCAAAUUCAAUUGAAUGCCAGGACCGAAUUAUAUACAUGUUAUUUUCCUAUUAUUUUUUUCAGGGUCAAUGUUGAUUUUCAGGCGAGCCACGUGGCGGCAGUUAAUUGGGGGAAGUGAAUCUGUUUAUUCUACAUUGGUCGCACAUAUGUCUGUACAACUCACAUGUUUUAAAGAGCAGCUUCACCAAAAAAAUACGGGCACGGGAUAUGGGGAACGGGAUCUGGGAUUUGCGCCUCUGUCGGGACGGGCAGAGGAAGGGGUUUCUAAGGGUAUGCAUAUUUGUGGCGGGGAUGGUACAUCUACUUAAUUAUAACAGUUUCCUUGUUCCUUUUGUCUUUCUUUUGUCGUACAUAUCUGGUUAGGGCUAUCCUGGGACGGAACAUUAGAGAUUUGCUGCAGGAAGGAUUUUCUGGGGAAGAUCCUCGUUCCUGGAUAUUAGGAGGGAAGGUCCUGGGAGGGAUUUGGCUGUGCUUUCAUGCAUGGAUGAAGGACUUGGAAAGAAAGGACGUCAUCACUCUUAUGCUGUGUUGGCCAGCGAGCUUGGAAGUUACCUCGAUGGAAACUGCUAAGCGGUAUGUCAUUAUCAUGGAAGAGGAAGGGAAUGGCAGAGAUUCUAGGGGUAGAUAGAUCUGGAUGAGAUGUGUCGGAAGGUAGAUGGAUGAGGAAGAGAUUUUCAGGAUCGUUGGGGAGGAGGUUGGGGAUCCUGUAUUUAGAUUAGUGGCAAAUAUUUAGAGAAGGGGAGGGGGGUUCAAUGGAUGAGGAAAGGAAGGAAAGAUAGAGUGGUGUGUCUAGUGUGUGUGUGUGUGUAGUCUGGAAAUUAAAGAUUGGGCGUGAUA